AUGGUCUUCAGUAGUGAGAAGGGUACUCCAAAACCCGGCAACUUCACAUCACGGCUCUUCAAUUCAUUACGCACAAAAGCUUCUCGGAACAGAUUGAGGACAGAGCCCGAGGCAGGGGAGUCGGCUCAUAUGAAGGCAGAGUCGGAUGCAGAGAGUACCAUCAACAUAUUACAAUCAAAAGCUUCUCGAAAUAAACUGAAAAAGGAGCAAACCACUCGUCCGAAGACCGCCAAUCCGAAAGGAAAUGGGACUUCCCAGGCCACUCAAGAUUUCCGCCCUAAUGGCCGUUCGUUCGAUCAUGCAGUCGAUGAACAAACUGGAGAGCGAAUUGAUUAUACUGCUUUACUACACGGCUUAGCACACGUUGGAUCUUUUGAUUCUAUGCAUGAAGCUUAUGGCAUGGAUAAUCCAGAUCGGCCCCCAGGGGAGCCUGCGAUAGCCACUUUAUCUUCAAACCUUUGGGGAUGUAUUGCGAGACAUCUAUCUCUUAGUGAUGUAGCGAGUUUCGCAUUCUCAAGUAAAAUACUUCUGAAUCGAAUUGGGCGAGAUCCAUGGCAUGCUUUGGGCCUACCAGAGAAUCAUCGGUACAAGAUUGAGUUUUUGGUUCACAUGGACCGUGAUCUUCCCAACCAUCUUCUUUGUUUUCCUUGUGCAAUAUAUCAUGUUCGCAUAAUACCAGGCGAAGAACGGUUGAAAGCCACACAUAUCAUAAAUCAUCUUUUCGAAUGUCCAAAUGCUCUCACACAAGUUGCUCCGCGGGCUCGACUAACUGUUGGCCAUACUCUUCCAUUUUCAUUUGUGCAGCUUAUAUUACGAUCAAAUCGCUACUCUCAAAACCAUGGAGUUUCAGUAGACUCGAUAAGCAAACGUUGGAAAGAUCCACAACUUGGAGCCCAAGGCACAGGAACUUGGUCACAUCAAAGCCGAUAUUAUAUUAACAAAGGUCAUCUUCUCUUACGUGUGAUCAGUCAAUGCUUCCCAGAGCCAGACCUUCCCAUUAGUGCCCAACGAAACCUUCUCUAUUCCCGCGAGGAUUACUUUCCAUAUUUCUCGGUCUGCGCUCACUGGAGGGAUGGCGAUCUCAUGGAUGUAUGCAAAUGUGCAUUGGGGCACAUACCCAAGCGCCGAGAAGCCAUCUCCUCGCAGCUGAAAAGCGGUCCAAAUGCUAUUCUCUCACUAGCAAGCCAUAGGAAUCAGAUGACCUCACAAUGUUCUGUAUGUCAGCCCAUGCGCCGAUGUCCACGAUGUCCCACAGAGUACUUGGUUGAACUCAAAUUCGCCGAAGAUCAAAUGGAUCAGGUCAACAGAUUCAAGCAGGCUAUGACGGUAACAAGGUGGAGUGAUCUAGGCAAUGGAACGUCUCCAUUGUCACCGGAAUGGGCGGCGAUGAAUGGUGAAUUCGAGGGCUAUGAUUCUUUCGAUACGGUCAAAGGACGUGCGAUCUCGGGAACUUUUGAAUCGCAAUUUGGUAUUACACUUCCAGGACAGAGGAUUCUAUCGCUUAAUCCAAGGAAACAAAUGAAAGGGGAAGAUGGUCAUGAUUGGUAUUGA